AUGGAAGUCUCUUUCUUCUACUUAAGGAAGUUAGAGAAGGAUAGAGCACGUAAGGCUUCUUCCAGGAGUUCAAGUAGGUCUCUUGUUAGCGAACUUGAUGUUGUGAACCCGACAGUAGACGUAGUUCCUUCUCCUGUUUCAGCCCCUGCUCCUAGCUUUGAACCCGAAGAUUCGUGUUCGGAGAAUGCAGUAAGGAGUAAUGAGUGCAAAGUACGCUCUUAUAAAGAUCCUGUUGCUCGUUCCCAGGCUGCCUUGGAUAGAGCCAAGAAGGAAGUGUUGAGACAGUGCUUCUUGUCUUCUUCGUCUCCUUCUGCUAAGCGUAGAUGGAGCGCUUCGGAGUCGUCGCGCCCUCUCAAGAGAACUUGGAAGGAACCUUGCGCCCUUCCUUCCAGCCCCGAAUCCUUCUCAGAAGAACCAGAGAUCGAGUGUAAGAGAACCAGGCGAUCUCAAGGAUCCUCUUCUCCUUUCCGCGCUCGGGCUUCUACUCCUGCCGAAGAGUUUGAGAGAUCGCCAGCGCGCAUCUUGGCCGGCCUACAGGCGCAGAUUUCUGCUUUAGCCAACUCUUUAGCGGAGAGUUCUCACCGUCGGAAGGACAUCUCCCUACCGGUGAAGAAGUCGAAGAAGGAUUCUGCGGAUUUUUCGCCUAAUGUAGAAAGAGUACAAGAGCCUCGCAGCAGAGCCUCUUUCAUUAAAGAGAGACUCAGUCGCUCUCCGAGCAGGCGCUCCUCUCACGCCAGCAGGCGUAAGGAUCUUGAUAGGCGUUCUUCUCCUGAAUACCGCUCUCCUAAUCGCUCUCCGAAGACUCGCUCCUCUUCUUGUAAGCGUCAAGAGUUUGACAAGUACCAGGAUUCUCGUUCUGUCCAGGAUCGCAGUAGGCGCUCUUUGCCUGGAAGCUGCUCUCCUCUGCACAGGCGCACGGAGACUAGUAGGCGCUUUUCUCCGGAUUUUGUUUCUUCGCCUGAGAUUCGUUCGCCAUCUGUCAAACUCAGAGAAGAUAGUAGGCGCAAAGAGCCUAGCAAGAGACAGACUAGACUAUCUCCUCCUUGUGAGCGCACUCGAUCAGAUAGGCAAUCAGUGCCUCGCAAACGAAUUUGGAGAGUCUCUUUCGGCGGUUGCACCUCCGUCUCCCCCUUCCUUAUUUUCUACAGCGAAAACUACGAAGACAUAGUCGGUGGUGAAGAUGAAACCUACGGUGUCAAUGAAGAAAGCGCUCAAGAGCUUCGACGAUUGGUUGGUCUCUAA